UCGAGUUUAAAUUGUGAGAACUUUCAGUGGAACUGCAUCAGCGUUUAUGCAACCAGCUUUAUUUUUUGGUUCAUAAUUUAGUUCAGAUGAAGAUGCAUCUGUUUGUCAUCUCUGUGCUGCUGGUGUUGGGUUUUCCAUUCAUCAUGACUGAAGUCGUGGAAUCAUUCAAUACAUGCAGCGAUUUCUUUUUAAACGGACAGCCUCCAGUGAUUCCUGGUAUUCUGGGUAAUUCAGUCUCACAGGAUAACAAUCGCUACAAACUCAUCUGUCAAAAAUAUAAGGGAGCUUACAGGUUUGCAACUGUCUAUGACACAACAAGUAAGAUCCCCGUUUUUUCAGCCUACAAAUAUACUGGGAAGAAAUCCUUCAAAAGACCAGACGUAAAUUGGAUGAUUGAGCCUGAGCUUGAACCUCGUGUUGCUGAGAUGACUGUUCUGACACGUGUAAAUCAGGCCAUCAAUGAAGACUACAGUGGAAACUGUAAAGUGAAUCGUGGUCACCUGUUUCCAAACUCUCACGCAGCUGAUGAAGACACUGCUGAAUCUACAUUCACACUGACCAACGCAGUGCCACAGAUGAUCAGCUUUAAUAGUGGCAGUUGGAGUGACAUGGAAGAAGAGACCAAAAAAAUCAUAAAUAAUUGCAAAAAUGAAAAUAAAAUUUUAGCUCAUGUGCUGACUGGAGCAAUACCUGGCAACAGUACACUGGACAAAAAAGUGAACAUUCCCUCUUUCAUGUGGAUGGCAUUUUGCUGCUACAAUAGUACAGAAAAAAAAUGGGUCUCACAAGCUUACUGGGCCCCAAACGUCGAAGAAAACAAGAAAGUUAAAAUAGUUUACGAGAGCGUGCAGAAAUUGCAGGAUUUUUUCAAUCAAAAUGAGAUGGAAAAUGUACAGCUGUUUACAAAUAACUGUAAUUAAAUACAAUCACUGAAUAAUCAUUUAUUCUGCUCAUAGGAGUAGAGGUCCAUCAAAAUUCCUUUUUUUCGGGGGCUCUUCCAGAAUCCUAACUUGACAUUUUCAUCAUCCUGCUGUUAAUGUAUUUCAUAUCUCUCAGACUUUAGCAAAUAAUGUAUUUUCUCUAUUAAAGCUUGUGUAAAUGUUUAUGUAUCGGAGGUAUCUAACUAAAUGAGGGAAACGAGGAGUGGUGGGGUGUAGUAUUGUCAGGAAACAGGUCCAGAAAAUUGUCACAUUAUCCUUUUAGCUCUAGUCAACAGUCUAAAAAUGGCAAAAGUUUGGCAUUUGUCCAUAUUGUUUACUCGGUCACAGUAAACAUAGUUUUGAAAGGCUGUAACAUGCCUGAUGAAGAUCAUGGGACCAAAAUGUUGUGUGAAUAAAUUUUGAUACAUUUGCAAGUAUGGAUAUUGUGUAGGAUUUAUUCUUUAUUGUUCUGAAAGGCCAUCACUAAAUAUAAGGUGUUGUUUGUUUACAUAACGGUGCAGUUGCAGUAUCUACAGUAGCAGAUGACUAUACCAUGCUAACCAGCCAAACCCUGACCUUGACUAUUACAUGAAUCUUCUGUUUUGA